AUGAUCCUUCGGAAGAGCCGGUCCCUUUUCUCAGUCUUAUGCCAUCGUCCCUGUGCUGCCGCCCAUUCGACCGUCUCCUCCGGCUGUACCAAAUCUCCCACCGCGCCCGGUAAAAUGCGGAAAGGCGGCGGCGCCCACCUUACACAUGCCUUGGUGGUCAUCUUCCUCGAAUAUUUCGCAUGGGGUCUACUUACAGUGCCAGUGAUUAAUGUAAGUGUUCUUUAUAUGCGAUAGGAAUUGUUUGUUCAAUGUUUAGGUGCUGGCAGAAACGUUCCCAGCCAACAAGUUCCUCAUGAACGGCCUGAUAUUAGGAUUGAAGGGGUUGUUAUCCUUCUUAUCUGCACCUCUCGUCGGAUCGUUGUCCGAUAUAUGGGGAAGGAAGAAGUUCUUGUUCAUUACGGUUUUCUUUACGUGUAUGCCCAUCCCUUGCUUGAAAAUUAGCGCGUGGUAAGUGAUUUUUCUUGAUCUUUUUUGGAGUUUAGGACAGAUAGUUAUGGUUAAUAUAAUUUCGGAAGAUGGAGGGUAUAUUUGUGGAUUUUGCUUCCAAGCAAAAUUCACAGAUUGCAAACAUCAGUUCCGACUUUUUGAAUGCUUUAAUGAUGGUACAAAACUUUAAUGGCAUCAUUUUCAGGUGGUAUUUCACUUUGUUCACUCUUUCCGGUUUCUUCUCCGUGACAUUCUCAGUGGCGUUAGCGUACGUGGCAGACAUUACCGAGAAACAUAAUCGCGCAAGAGCAUGUGGGUAUGUCUCUGCCACAUUUGCGGCUUCAUUGAUCACUUCGCCGGCUCUCGGAGCAUACAUCUCGAGCACUUAUAAUGAUGAGUUGGCUGUUUGGAUUGUAAGUUUUUGCUUUUUUUUGCUGUUGUUUUGACUUUAGGAAGGAAUAAGGACUAUAUUAGAGGGAAGUUUUGCCCUUAUUGCACUUGAUGUAACAACAGUUUUGGAAUAAAUUUUACGUUAUUCUAGGCCACAGCCGUAUUUGCCCUGGAUUUGUUGUUCAUUGCAUUGUGUGUCCCCGAAUCGCUGCCGGAUAUUAUUAAUCGGAAACAAAAAGACUCUCAGAAAAUACCACAAUCUCCCCUCAUGGCGGAGUCUUUCAAUUGGCAAUCAAUUGAUCCCUUCCUUUCAUUGAAGGUAAUAGCCAAAGACUCGACCGUUCUUCAAUUGUCCGCGGUUGUUUUCUUGUCGAAUCUACCAGAAGCUGGCCAGUUCUCAUGUUUCUUUGUUUAUUUGAAAUUGGUAAGUCUUUUAGCUUUUGUUUUUGAUUUUUAGGCGAUUCUGAAUAUUGUACUUGGUAUUGGAAGAGAUCUGAUCACAAAUUUCUGUUUUUCUCCAAAACUCACGCUCAAAUUUCUUUCAGGUCCUUGGAUUCUCUCCAGAAGCCGUCGCAGCAUACAUUGCAUUCGUUGGUGGCUUCUCCGUCCUCGCGCAAACCGGUGUUCUCCCUAUAAUCACACGGAGAUGGGGCUCAAAACAUUCGAUAUCCUUUGGACUCUUUGCUCAGUUCGUCCAGCUGACCUGGUACGGCGUAGGCACUCAAUAUUGGAUGAUGUGGGCCGCUGGCGUCUUCUCAGCCUUAUCUUCACUCACUUACCCGGCCAUAUCAGCCUUCGUUUCGAUCCAAACUAGCCAGGAUAUGCAAGGCACCGUUCAAGGAGUAAUGACUGGAAUUAGAGGAUUAUGUCAAGGAUUUGGGCCGGCAAUGUUUGGAUUCUUUUUCUACAUGUUCGACAUGGAUCUCAGCGCCGAUGGAGACGAACCGACUGGCCAUAUUGGAGUGGGACCUCAGUUCCCAAUGCCUCAUAUUAGACUACAGCCAUUUGAAACGAAAAUCAUUUCACCCAGCAAGAAUGAAACGAUUGUGGAACAGAAACUGGAUCAGAUUCAUGUAAGGGAGAUUUGCAAAGAUUAUAGAGAAAAUGCAAAAUUUUCAGGGUUUGAUUUUUUUGUCAUGUGUAAUAUAAAUUUUUUUCAGAAUUUCAUCCCCGGCCCUCCAUUCCUCUUCGGAGCCCUCCUGGUCUUCAUGGCCCUCAUGGUCAACAUCAACAUGCCCACCGUCAGCUCCAAGAAACACCCCAACCUCCGCCGUGCCACCUCCAACUCUGGUCAUCACGACACAGCCCUUUUGAUGGGUGAUGACAAAGAAGAAAAGGAUUAG